AUGAAUAAAACACCAGAAACAAAAAUUCAAGACGUAAACAAUGUUUCAAAUGUACAGCGCGAAUACUUGGAACUACUCAAAACGCCAUUGCUGCGGUCGAAUAACAAUGAUGAGGAAGUAAAGCAAGCACUACAAGAAACUGAACCUCAGUCAUCUGAAGCUCCAAGUACACAACUGCGUUUGCAUAAUCACAACACAAUUUCAAAAAUAUCAUUGGACUUAAGACAAAGUUUGGUGAAGAAAUAUAAUACGGAAUAUUCACAUCCCUAUGAAUCCAAACUUACUUUUUUUAAGAGCGAAUCAGCUAAUCAACAUGAGCAACGUGACAGCACAUUUAUUUUAGAUGAUGAUAUUGGUGGGAAAGUUAUGGAUGGAAAUAUCGACGACGAUCAGGGUUGGGAUCAAUAUUUAAAAAACGCGUUAGAAGAAAAGUCAGAUGACAGAAAGGAAGUUCCUCAGGAUCACACAGAUAGAAUCAAAUAUUGUCAUGAUUGUAACACUCAAAGUAUUAAUAAGAACACCAAUAACCGAUUGCAAAUUGAGUCUGAUUGUAAAUGUGCUCGUCACGUAUAUUUAAGAGGCCGUCAAAAUUCGGAUGAUCAUGAUAAAAAUAUGAAGUCAAUUUCUAUUUUACCAUCAGAUAAGCGACAGACAACAGCAGGUUUAGACAACAAAAACAAAGAAAGUAAAGAAGAUAAAACUGUCAUUGAUGUAACGAUACCAACUAAUCCACUUUUUAACUAA